CAACUAGCAGUGGGAACGCCUACUAGCGACUGGGAACUGGUGACAUGCAGCUACAAAGUUGCUUGAGGUGUUAACAGAACGUUUAUUUAUUAGAAUGGUGGGCAAACGGCCAGAGAAUAUGCUCCAGUCAUUUAUUCUGUGUGGAUUGUGGGUGUGGCGUAUAGUUGGUGUGUUUGGUGUUAAUUCAGAAGAAAUUAAGUCUGUAUCAGUGAUGAAGGGUGAUUCUGUCACUCUAAACACUGAAGUACAGAAAUAUUUGUUCAUGCAGUGGAUGUUUGGAAGCGCUCGAAUAGCUGAAGUCAACAGACUCGCACAAACCAGCUUGACAUAUGAUGGUCCUGAGGGGAGAUUCACAAACAGACUACAAUUAGAUCAAACUGGAUCUCUGAUCAUCACAGACACCAGAACCACAGAUUCUGGGAUUUAUCAACUAACAGUUGUCGACAAAGAGACCAUUUACACGAGUUACAAUGUUACAGUCUAUGAUGUGACAGAUGAAGUGAAGUUAAUAUCAGUGAUGGAAGGACAUUCUGUCACUCUAAACUCUGAUGUUACUGAAGUACAGAGAUAUUUGUUCAUGCAGUGGAUGUUCGGAAGCUCUCGAAUAGCUGAAAUCAACAGGCUAGCACAAACCAACUCGACAUAUGAUGGUCCUGAUGGGAGAUUCAGAAACCGAUUAAAGCUGGAUCAAACCGGAUCUCUGACCAUCACAAACAGCAGAACCACAGACUCUGGACUUUAUCAAUUAUCAAUUGUCAGCAGAGAAACCAGAUACGUAAAUUUCAAAGUUGCAGUGUACGAAACAACAUCAAGCAUAAAUUGUGUGUCAUCCAGCUGUGCGGUGAACAGUUCAACCGCAAACCAAAAUGAGGAAUCCAGCAUUACUGAACUCUAUCAGCCAAGUUCAAAACACAUCCACUGUUGUGGUUUUGCUGAAGCUGUGAUUCGAUUGGUUGUUUCUGCUCUAGUGGGUGUGGCUGCUAUUGCUAUGCUGAUUUAUGACAUCAGAUCUACAAGAAGUGAGUUGAACAGGACAGAAGAGACUGGAUAUCUCUAUCAGACCCAUGGAGUAAAAUCAGACCAACAGUAUGAACCAAGCAGAAGGGUUUGGAGCCUGGCAUCCUCAGGGGGUUACCUUUACCACAUGAAGCCUUAUGCUGGAGUGCACCCAAUGGGUGAAUUCCAGAAGUUACAGAGGGGCUCCACCGAAGUUCUGUCUGAAGGAGAAAAGCUACUGGUGAGGUGGAGAGACAACAGUGUGGUCACUGUUGCAAGCAAUGUGGAAGAUGUCUACUCUGAGGAAAUAGGUUUGUCAGAUGUCGUGUCUGUGACGGUCGCACAACAUUUUCCUGUGAGAAAUGUGACAGAUAAAAUGAAGUAUGUAUCAGUGAUGGAGGGAGAUUCGUUUACUCUACACACUGAUGUUACUGAAAUACAGAAAUAUCUGCUAAUACAAUGGAUGUUCGGAAGCACCCGAAUAGCUGAAAUUAACAGACUGACGCAAACCAACUCAACAUAUGAUGCUCAUAUAAGAUUCAGAGGCAGAUUAAAGCUGGAUCAAACCGGAUCUCUGACCAUCACAAACACAAGAACCACAGACUCUGGACUUUAUAAACUAACAGUUAUCAGCAGUGCAACCAGCUACAUGAGUUUCAGUCUUAUGGUCAAUGAGACUCAACAAACUACUUCAUCACCACUGAAAAGCUCAUCAAGCUCAAAUUUUUUGACAUCCACCUGUGCAGUGAAUAACUUAACCAUCAACCAGAGUGAAGAUGUAAACAUUACUGAGGUCUCUCAGCCAAGUUCAGACCAUGUCCACUGUUGUGGUUUUACUGAAACUGUGAUACGAUUGGUUGUUUCUGCUGUGGUAAGCAUGGCUGCUGUUGCUUUUCUGGUUUAUGACAUCUCAUCUACAAGAAGAGAGCUGAACAGGAUGCAAAAAAGUAGACAUCACCAUCAGACCCAUAGAGUAAAAUUAAACCAACAUCAGUUAAACAGAAGAAUCAGUUCCAGAUAUGUUUACUGAAGAUUGCUGGUGCAAUCCCAAAAAGAUACAGAUACAUUUUUAUUAGCACAGAAUGACUUUUUAAUUGAUGUGGUUCACCCAAAAAUGAAAAUUCCACCAAUAGAUCCUCUGCAGUGAAUGGGUGCUGUCAGAAUGAGAGUCCAAACAGCUGAUAAAAACAUCACAGUGAUCCACAAGUAAUCCACACCACUCCAGUCCAGUCCAUCAAUUAAUCCAUCAAAUCUUGUAAAGGUGAAAUCUGUGUUUGUACGAAACAAAUCCAUCAUUAAGAUGUUAUAAAUUAAAACUAUUGCUUGUCCUCUAUGCAUAAUAUAAUUUUGUCCAGUGAAAUGUCAUCUCGGCUGAAUCAAGAGAGAAAUAUGCACAGAUGUUUUUGCUUGUUUGUUUGUUUGUUUUCUUAAUGGACUCGUGGAGCAACCAUUGACCAAAAGUAAUGGUUUAUGUGAUGGAUUUGUUUGUUAUAAUAAUGUUUUUUGACUUUGCAAUAUAGUAAUUGAUGGAC